AUGUGGAGCCUCCCCCGCCCCUGCCCGGACUGUGGCUGCCUGAGGGAGUGUUGUGGGGGGAGGGGGGGAGAGCUACCAGCGCCCAGCCGUGGCGAUGCCUCCGUCCCCGCUGACCCUUGCCGUAUUCUCCAGGGCCGUAACCUUGCCGACCUGCGGCGGAGCCAGCCACGGGGCACCUUCACCAUGAGCACCACCCUGCGUCUGGGCAAGCAGAUCCUGCAGUCCAUCGAGGCCAUCCACUCUGUGGGCUUCUUGCAUCGCGACAUCAAGCCGUCAAACUUCGCAAUGGGACGUCUCCCCUCCACCUUCCGGAAGUGCUACAUGCUGGACUUUGGACUUGCACGUCAGUACACCAACACAAACGGAGAAGUUCGGCCGCCGCGUGCUGUCGCUGGAUUCCGAGGGACGGUUCGUUACGCAUCUGUCAACGCUCACAAAAACCGGGAGAUGGGACGACACGACGACCUCUGGUCCCUGUUCUACAUGUUGGUGGAGUUCGCCGUCGGUCAGCUCCCCUGGAGAAAAAUCAAGGACAAGGAGCAGGUCGGACUCAUUAAGGAGAAGUACGACCAUCGGAUGCUGUUGAAGCACAUGCCCUCGGAGUUUCACCUGUUCCUCGACCACGUGUCCACUUUGGAUUACUUCACCAAACCGGAUUAUCAGCUGAUCAUGUCGGUACUGGAGAGCAGCACCAAGGAACGAUGUAUCACGGAGAAUGAGGCCUUCGACUGGGAGAAGGGAGGCACGGACGCCCUGCUGUCCACCAGCACCCCCACCCAGGCUCAGCUACACACCAAACAGACCGCCGCAAUGUUCGGGGUGAUCAAUGUCACUCCGGUGCCCGGCGAUGUGCAGCGGGAGAACACAGACGAUGUCCUGCAGGAUGAGCACCUCAGUGACCAGGAGAAUGCACCUGCCAUGAUCCCCGGCAGGCCCACUGACCUGUCUGGAGCUCCCCCAAACCUCGCCCUAGAAACGGACGCCUGGGAUGAGACGGAUAUCAAUCGCAACAAACUACGGAUCAGCAUGAGCAAGUGUGUGCUGGAGGACGAGCCCAGUCGCCUCCCCUGCCCUGGUUCCCCAGUGCGAGGGGCCACGGAGAGCGGCCAGGCUGGGCUGCGCUAUCGCCGCGUCAACAGUCCCGAGUCCGACCGGCUCUCCACCACCGAUGCCCGCGGAGAGGCUCUGGACAAACGGUCCCGGGUGGAGAUGCUGGGCUCACCCUCCCGCCAGCCUCAGGCGGGGUUGCUGAGCUCGGGGAAGGAGCAGGCGGCGGGUGAGAGGCCGGUGAGCAGGCGGAUGGAGGCCUCGGCCUCGGUGGAGCAGGAGGCCCUGAGCACGGCCUUCCGGUCGGUGCCGCUGGCCGAGGAGGAGGACUUCGACAGCAGGGAGUGGGUGAUCAUCGACAAGACCGAGCUGAAGGACUUCCAGCCGGGCGUGGAGGCCAGCUCGUCCGGCACCACCGACGAGGAGCCCGAGGAACUGCGGCCCCUCGAGGGGGCAGAGGCUGCUCGUCCCAGGGUCCCGGACCAGGAGGGCAGCAGGAGGACAGCCCAGUGCCCCUCCACCUCAGAGAGCGGGAGGGAGCUCCGUGCCAGCAGUCCGGGCCGCUCACCACUACACCACUCGCAGCCCGCUCCACACACUGUACGCCACGAGUCCGAGCUGUCCACGUCCGAGCAGCAGGUGGCGAUGCCCACUGUGGAUCGGACGUCCUCGGGGGUCUCGGCAGCCCCCCCCAGCACCCCCCAGCUCUGGGUCACCCCGGCGGGUUGGCACCUGGUGCGGUGUGAGGCAGGGUGGGAGGGUGAGGCGGGGGCUGGGGGCCAGCUGCCAGAGGAGCAGGGGGCAAGCGCGGGGCAGAGCGAGGAGAGCUCGGGCCACAGCAGUAGUAGCCAGAGUAGCCAGGAGGCUGCGGCCUCCACCCUGCUGGCGGAGGAGGGCCGGGGUCCAGGCCUGGGGCCGGGGCCGGGGCCGGGCCGGGGUCCUGAGGGCGAGCCCGAGCCCGAGGAGGGCUCCCGCACCCUGGUGCUGUUCUCCCCGGGGGAGGCCCAGCGCUCACCGCUGCCUGAGGGGGCUGCAGAGGGCGAGCAGGGCACGCUGGCGGUCCUCACCCCCCAGGCCGAGAGGGCCCAGCCCCUGGGCAGCCAGCUGGACGUGUCCGAGCCCGGCACCCUGUCCUCCCUGCUGAAGUCCGAGGGCCGGCUACCCGUCACCCCCCUGUCCGCUGCCUCCUGUCCCUUCACCAAGGUGGAGCGCACCUUCCUGCACAUCGCCGAGAAGAGCCACCUCAACGUCAUGUCAUCCAGCGGGCACCUCCUGCCCCACGACCACUACGAGUUCUUCCAGGCGCCGGACCCCGGGGACGGGCGCUGGGCGCAGGCCCAGGCCCCCAGGGAGGGCCUGCAGAACGGGCCCGUGCCCAGCCCAGCCCGGGGCAGAGUGGUGUGUGGGCCCCGCUCCCCAUGUCGAGCCCCCCGGCCCAGCCGGAUCCCGGUGCUGCUGUCCGAGGACGACACGGGCUCUGAGCACUCGGCCUCGGCCUCGCCCAGGGAGCGGCCGGGGCAGCGGGGGUCCCGGCCCCCCGGCCUAGCCCGGCUGCUGGCGGGCCGCAGGCAGUAUCCCCCAGCCCCCGUCUCCGAGGAGGACAGCGCCUCUGACACCUCCCUCCACCGGCCCCCCCGCAGCAGGCUGCACAGCAGGAUCCCACGGCCUAUCAGUCCUGCGAAGGGCGUGCGGACCCCCUUUGACAGGAGCCUGGCACAGAGCAGCCCACCACAGCCGGGACACAGGACGUCCCCUCCUGCCCUGGCGCCCGUCUCUCCCACUGCGGAGCCUGUGACUCAGCCGGCUGUCCCAGCCGCCGGCAGCCCGUGCCCCCAGCGAGGGGCAGUGCGCUGUCCCGGAGGCCCAGCCCUCCCCCCACGGAGCCUCAGCGCCUCCGCCAGGAUGCGUCCCCAGUCAAGGACGGACAGCCCAUCGCCCUGUCGGGUCAGGAGGGCGACCUUCGACUGCCGGAGGCAGCACACAGCCUUGUCUGGGGCCGGUCCCAGACCACACCUCAGCCCCCCAGCAACGUUCUCCAGGGCCCGAGCCCAGGGCCUGAGCACCAGAGCCAGGCAGCGGGCAGCCAGCUCAGUGACCAGCUCAGCAGAGCGGAGACUCUGAAACCUCUGGCCUGGAUCGGUGACGGACACCUGGUGUGAGCAGGGCUCUGGAAACUCCACUGGAAUAUUUAACAGCUUCUACAGAGCAGUUACCUUAAUGUUUACACAUUGCAAUUCUAAUGUAAAAUACAGGGGAUGAUGUAUGCUGCAUGGCACCUUGUAUCCCAGCCCAGCCCCGACAGAUGGCAUGCGUUCGAUGUCUGCAGCACAGCCGUGGCUCGCGUCUCACCAGGAGCACCUGAUGGAUCCCCCUGGGCCCAGCCCUGGCGCAGUGGGUGUGAGGGGCGGGCAGUUCCGGCCUGGUCUGGGCUGUUGGCGAUGCCCGUCACUGGCACUGAACAUUUAUUAAACACCCUGAUUGCUUGCUUCUCACUGUGGUCGGACCUGGCAUCUUGUCAGUCCCAGCACGCUCGCACUCCAGUACCCCCAGGGGCGGCCAGGGGCUCCGCGGCUUGGGCAGCCCGUGUGGAGGGAGAGACACGUGUGUUUCAGGGCAGGGGGACCCUCCCUCAGCACCACCUGUGUGGAGGGAGAGACACGCGUGUUUCAGGGCAGGGGGACCUUCCCUCAGUA